UUUUAAUGGAUAAUUUUUAAAAUUUUGCAUUGUCAUUCUACUUUUCUGUUCUGCUACCAGACCUGCUCAGAAAGUUUUAGAAUAAUGGAGUAAAAUUGAACAUCAUGGCUUUUGUGGUGCCUACUGAGCAGGCCAUUUGGCCUGGAAAUGCCAAAUGGUACAUAAAUGAAGAUGGUGAACUCUCCCCAUGCUCCCUCAAAAAGCUUACUCUUAGUUUCAUUACUGAAAACCUUGGAUCUGUGUGCAAUGUGGAAUGUGAAGACCCAAGAACUAUUUACUGUGCUGCUCCUAUUGCUAGUGCCUCUUCAAGAGAAAGCAUUCAAAGGUACAGAGAAGCAACUGGAGGAGGUGCUGGAAAGUCAGCUUGUGAUAGAGAUCUUAAGGUCUUUGCUCGCACUAGUAGUCAUAAUUCGCUCACUGAAUCCAGUGUAGUUAAUGUUAAUGGUAAUGGCAUCAAAGUUAAUAGCACUUCAGGAACUGGUGGAAACUUCACUCCACGGAAUGGCACUCAGGAUCAACGACUUAUCCCAUACACAAUGUUUAAUAUACCAAACUAUGGAAGAGUUUAUGAUAAAUCUAAUAGCACUGACCCUCCUAGUGAAAAUGCUGAGCGUUUGGACCUCUUCAAAAGGGACUUCUUUCAUUUUCAGUGGAGACAACCUGAUGUUUAUUUGUCACCUCGCACGGUUGCCAUGUUUCUGGAGGAGCUUGACAGAUGUGGCAUGCUCAAUGAUUCUACACUCAGCCUGUUUGAUACACCUCGCAUGCAGCUCAAUGAGGUCCGAAUUCAUCGUUGUGGCUCUCUCAUCUCUGCUCGAGGCCUGAAUUUCCUCAUUCACAACAAAUUAUAUCGCCUUGAAUUGCAUGGCUUGCAAAUUCCCAUCAAAUUUGUCAUCAACAGCCUCAAUUCUUGGACAAAAGCCAACCUUUCUGUUCUAUCCUUAGUUUCCUAUGCACCUUCUGACAGGCAAAGUGCUUAUAAACAACUACAUCGUCUGCAAAGUCUCCAAGAACUUGACUUGAGUAACAAUAAUUGCCUCGACCCAGCAUCAUUAAAAAUGUUGUUAUUGAGGCUGCCAAACUUGCAUAGGUUGAGUAUCAGUCACUGCGUGAACGUCAAUACAAUUGAACCUUUGAUGGUGGUUUGUGAUCAACUGCAGCAUCUCAGCCUAUCAGGAGUGAUGAUCCACGACACGGCCAUUACCAUCAGUGUGCUCAAGACAUUGACGAGACUUCGCUUCCUAGACGUCAGCACUGUGGCCACUAACCAUGAUGUUAGACAUGAAGAGUGCAUCAAUGAGGUGCUGAUGAGCCCACACUUUGCACCUGAUCUGGAGUUCAUUGACGUGUCUAAUCAACUGGAGGUAUCAGAACAAGUCCUCCUCAGCUUCCUGUCAACGCAUCCUAACGUCAAGGGCGUGGCGCUCGUCAACGUGCCGCUGUGUGCUGACUUCUGUACUUCCAAGUGGCCUCAAGUUAAGUUCCUGAGUGACGUGGGCAGCAGUGAGGGCGACGUGUGUGUGCUAGACCGUCUGACGGAGUGCAUGCAGCACUACAGGCGCCGGCACGUCCUGGCCCAGCAGAUGCUUACCCUCGUCAGCGCUGCUCCUGCAUCGUCACCUUCCAAGCCUCAGCCUAAACUUGUUGCGAGCAUCUUGCAGUGCAUGGAAGACUUCCAGUCACGGGAGUAUAUACAGACUCUGAGCAGCGCUUGUCUGCACAACCUCACCGUGGGGAGCCUGGGUGCUGCUCUGCAUCCCAACCUUCUGCGCUCUGUUGUACAUGCGACCAUUCACGCCAUGACGCUACACGGAGACAACCAUCAGCUGCAGAAGAACGGACUUCUACUGCUGUGCUGCGACUCAGUUCUGCACAACGUGUCCUUCAACCAGUACUGGGUGGCGAUGAAGGCUCUGCACGCUCUGCACAGCUACGCUGAUGACAGAGUCGACCUCAUGGCGGUCGGCAUCUGCUCCAUCCUUGCCGCCAAGCUCACCAAUGAGCAGACUGCUCAGCUAGGGUCAAAUCCUGCCUUCAUGAACAAACUGCUGGUCCUGGUGAGAGGGAGAGUGCAAGAAAAUAACGCAGACAUCAUGCUGCAGUUCACGCUGUCUGCACUCUGGAACCUUACAGUGUUGUUCCCCCAGGAGACGUCCGUGGAGACCAAGGUGUUGGGGCUCUUCAAUAACGUCGCUGAGGUGCCAGAGCUGCGCAAGGAACUCCUCAAGCCUCCCUUCAUCGCCAUGCUCAGUCUUAUUUCUCACUUCCUCAUUGUCUCUUCUUCUUCUUAUAAGCCUCCCUUCAUCGCCAUGCUCAGGAGGCAGCUGCAGUCUGAGCACAUCGCAGUGAGCUACUUCGCUGCGGGCAUCUCCGCCCACCUCGUGUGUGCUGAGCAGGCCGCUUGGCUGGCCGCCGAUGAUCUCCCAUACAAGGAAGUCCUGGCCGAGCUUGGUGACGCGGUGCUAGGCUGGGAGUGUCCUAUAGAGGAGAUGGUUGCCUACAAAUCCUUCCAGCCGUUCCUGCCGCUGCUGCAUGCGUCCGGUGCCCCCUACGUGCAGCUCUGGGCGCUCUGGGCGCUGCAUCACGUCACCUCUAAUAACAGCGACUACUACUGCCCCAUGCUCAUCCGUGAAGGCAUCCCUGAACUGCUGCUGACCCUGCGCGACGACGCGCCCUCCAGCGCGCCUUUCCUGCGCGACUUCGCCCUCAAGCUCCUCACCCUCGUCGCCGCCUACGAGAUACGCGACGCAAAAAACCAAACUGGAAAAACUGCUCCGACUUUCAUACCGCGCAGCAGAAGCUAGAAUAAUUACCAGUGAAAUAAUGCUAGAAAUAAGUGCUUCUUUUGUUGAUACGUUUCAACAUUAAUAAGAAGAAUGGCUUGUUUUUUUUAAUAGUUUUGUCAAACCAGCCGGCAUAUUACCGCGCAGGAGGAGCUAGAAUAUUUACCAGUGAACUAAUACAAGAAAUAAGUGCUUCUUUUGUUGAUACGUUUCAACGUUAAUAUCAAGAAUGACUUGUUUUUUUUUAAUAUUUUUGUCAAACUAGCCGGCAUAUUAAUAAUAACAACCUCUGACAAGUCUAAGUCAGUGAACAGGUCCCAUAGUUCAUUUAGUGACUCAGUGCCAAUUGAGCCUCCUAUCUCCUACGCGAGGGCACAGUUUUGUUAGCUCCAUACAUGGAUUAAUUCAACGUGAGCUCCAUACAUGGAUUAAUCCAACGUGAGCUCCAUACAUGGAUUAAUUCAACGUGAGCUCCAUACAUGGAUUAAUUCAACGUGAGCUCCAUACAUGAAUUAAUUCAACGUGAGCUCCAUACAUGGAUUAAUUCAACGUGAGCUCCAUACAUGGAUUAAUUCAACGUGAGCUCCAUACAUGGAUUAAUUCAACGUGAGCUCCAUAC